AUGUCGAACCAAGUCAGUUUUGCAGUCGCCCACAGGCGUUAUGUUGCUUCUUUAUACAAGCGUGCUUUAAAAACUUCUCUUAACUGGUAUAUAUUUCGUGAAUUAUGGCGACCGAAAGCUUUAGAAAUUCGUUCCCGCUUCGAAGCAAACAAAAAUGUUAAAAGCUUCAAACACUUAAAGUCCAUUUUAGAAGAAACUGAAGCAGAGCUCUUUAGAUUCCGCCAUCCCGAUCCAUAUAAAUAUCCUACUGCCCCGGAUGGUACAAAAUGGGAGAGAAACUAUCCUCCGCCAUUAUUUAAAUCA